CUAUAUACACGAGAUAGAAAGGCAGUGGAGAAACGAGGAACGGUUGUAAUCUCUGAUCUCUGAUGGAUAAUGAAAAUGAUCGGGCCAGAGGAGGUGGUCUUCUUCCUGUGUCUGCAAACCCAAGCAAUAGCAGACCCCAGGAUUAUUUGGAACCGGCCACUAAUUUAGGAGUGCGAUCUCUGUCUUUCUCUCACUCGAUUUGGAUGCAAAGCGAUUUAUGCCGAGAAGAGCAAUUAUCCGACGGGACUCCGACCAAAACAAGUACCGGCACGACUCCGAUCAAACCACAUCGCCUCUAGUUAGUUAGAGUUAACUCGCCUUGACUUUAUUGUAAGUGAGGAAUUAAAGUCUGAUUGAGGGUUUUCACUUUAUUUAUGUAAUUAUCUAUGUACCUGGAUCUGAUCUGGGUUUUGGGUUGACCGAUGUUCAUUUCUUUCUUUUAUUAGUUUAUGCCCUGAUAAGAUUGAAUAUUUUCUUUAUGUGUUGGUUGAG